AUGUCGCGCACCGUACCCUGGCGCUUACCCCAGCUACGUGGAACGAAUCUGCUUCUGCAAGAUUUGAUUGAAAUACCGAGUAACAAUGGCGCUGAGGUGCCUUUCGAAUCGUCUGCGAAAAGGCGUCCGCGUUGGAGUCUGGUGCAGCGCUCAGCUGCAGGAGAAGCUGCCCCCGAGACUGCGGCGAAGGACCCUUUCACCACGUUGCCCGUGGAACUGCGGCUGCGCAUUCUCUACCACCUGUUCGUUGACGUUGACGAUAGCUUUAACUGUGAUGAUAAUCACCCACAGUCUGAAUGUAUAGUUCCGAGCGCUGUGGAAAGUCGACGUGCAACCGAGCGACUCUGGCUGGCACAGCGCAGCGUGUACGCCCUGGUGAGCGCCUAUCCUACCUGGGCAGAGGUCCUGGAACGCGGACAAGGCAGUUGUGGGAAACGUGGCGCAUGUGCAGCGGCUUGCGAAACGCUUCCCUAUGCUCGAUGGUCCAGUUUCUGGACCACACUUGCCGCGCAAGUGUUCGGAUGCUCCCUCAGCCGGGCGCUCUACACGGUGCGAAGCUGGUCACGGAUCGGCGGAACACGGGUCCGCGCUGGCCUUGGACGCUCUCCAGCGAAGCUGGCCCAAGACGGCUUGUUGAGAUACCACGAACCUUGUCACUGCUGCGGCGUUCGACAGAGCGAGCCAGACCUCUUCUACAUCUGGGACGCAUGGUGCAUCGCCAUGGCGACGGAUACCUCGUCACCACCUUGUCGUGACUGUCCAGCGCAGCGCGCGCUCUGCUUCCCAGUCUGUCGAAGUUGUUUCCUCGGUGGUGCGGAUAGCGCCGGCGACGCGCGAGAAGCCCCGAGCCCCGCCGCACCGGAUGACUGGAUCCACGAAACUGCACUGGCGGAUCAUGCGUAUGCGCAGCAUUCGCUUGCCCGUCCACACUGGUGUCGAUCGAUGAGUGCACAUUUUGGACUGCGGCAGUCUGCUGUUGCAUCGGUGUCGUCGUUCGCUAACCAACCUGCGUUUAUCACAAAGCAACAGCGCGAGCCGGCUGCCGUCGCGCAAGCUCGUCGCACUGCUCUGGUCCAACUUUUGAAGCAACACCGCGAUGGUCGCUCCGACAUGGGCUACACCUACGCCAAAGCCCGUGACCAAGUCCAUUUGUUUUUCCUACUAGUCGCGGGAAACCAGAGCGCAACGAAAGGGUCUGUUGUAUCGAAUCGCUCCGUUCGCGAGCUGCACUGGGAUUUGAACGAUUUUCGCGAGUACUUUCGAUCCAAACGAGCGCUUUAUCGAGUCGUCAGUGAUGCCGCGCUGCCUGAAACCUCCUCCCGUUCCUCUACGCAACUUCCACUGAUUAACCAGCGGGACCUAUUGACAUGGGUCCGACGCCAACGCCAAACUUGA